UUUUACCCCCUGGAGAUCGAGAUCCAGUGGCUGAAGAACGGGAAGCUGGAGGAGGAGGGCGUGGCCUUCGGGGAGGAGCUCCAGAAUGGAGACUGGACCUACCAGCUCCAGGUGAUGCUGGAGACCCAGCCCCAGCGGGGGGAUGUCUACACUUGCCAAGUGGGGCAUGUCAGCCUGGAGGCCCCCAUCACCGUCCAGUGGGAGCCCCGUUCCUCCAGCUCUGCCAGGAGCAAACUCUGGACAGGGAUCAUGGGGGCCGUGAUAGGAGCGGCCUUCCUGGCUUUGGGGCUCUUCUCCUACCUGAAGAGCAAGAAAGCCACUCCCAUCCAACCUCCUGCAGCCCUCAUGGAUUAAUCCUGCUCUCUGAUGCAAAGGAUAUUUUUUUCUUUAGUAGCUGAUGAUUCUUUGUCCUGUUUGCAACCUCUGAGAAAUGGAGGCUGAAGGUGGCAGGUUGGGGGGAGGAGGAGGAUGGUAGCU